AUCUUAAAAUGUUCUAUAAAAGUAGAAAAAGUUGAAUUUUUCACGCGGGUAGCGACCCGCUGCUCGGUGUAGAAUAAGCGAUAGAGACUUUUUCAAAUUCCGCUUAGAUGAUCAAAUGUCGUUGCUGUUCCCAUUCAAAUAAUACAGCGGCGUAACGCUUAUUAUAUCGUUCGCUGCGCGACCGAAGUCAUUCAGUAAAAUCACGCGACUAGAGUCCUAUGAAGGAUUAAAAUUAUUUGUGUAUUAACAAUGUUUUGUGGGAAGAUUUAUGUGUAUCUCUUCGUUUUUUUUUACUCGGUUAACUUCACCUUACAAGCAACAUCUUUAAAUUAUUACACCGGUGCAGUAGUUGAAUAUCAUCCUAUUGUUGAGGGUAAAAACACCACAGUUAUCGCUGAAGAAAAUGCUAAAAAUUUCAUUAAAUUUUUACAUACAGCAAAGGAAAAUCAAGUAGAUAUAAUUGUUUUUCCCGAAAAUGGAUUAUUCAGUGGCCAACCUCGUCCACCAAUUUACCGUCGAAGUUUUUAUUUACCUCACAGCACAUAUUUACCUGACUACAAAGAAUCUAAAGUUUUGUGUAACGACUCAGCAUCUAGUGUCAUGGAGGUUGUGAAGACAUUGUCCUGUGCAGCAAAAAACUACUCAAUGUAUGUCGUCUUAAAUGUUCAUGAAAAAGAAGAGUGUAAAAAUUGUUCUGAUGGUUACCAUCUUUACAAUACUAACAUCGUAUUUGACAGGAACGGUGCUUUGAUAGCCACGUACCGAAAGUAUCAUUUGUUUGGUGAAGUUGGCUUUGACCGAACACCAAAACCAAAGUUAUCGAUUUUUCGUACCGAUUUUGGUGUUGCUUUCGGUCAAUUCAUCUGCUUCGAUUUAUUGUUUGGUUCCCCAGCACUAUCUCUUGUUCGUGAGAAGAAUAUAACAGAUAUUGUUUUCUCGAGUCGUUGGUUUUCUCACUUACCUUAUCUCUCGGCGAAUCAAAUUCAAGCUGGAUGGUCUUACGUCAAUGACGUUAAUUUUCUUGGAUCUGGUUACAAUUCACCCGUAACUGGAAACACUGGAAGCGGGAUUUAUGCUGGAAGAAAUGGUAGAAUAAUUGAUAUUUGGAGUGAAACUCCUACUAAUGCACUUCUCAUAGCAAAAGUACCAAAAAUGACAAAUGGAAAGCGUAAGGAACCGAUUAAUCAAAAUGCAACUAAGAUAAUUAAUUAUUCAGCUAUAGAAAUACCUACAAUCACAAGACAAAAGUCAAUUUCACAACAAAAACUUUGGUCUGAUAAUUUAUCACUUUUCACUACAGACUUUUUACAUUUGACUAAUGGCACUCAUAACGCGACAGUCUGUCAUGGAGGGUUUUGCUGCAAUUUUACUACCGACAUUGUCUUUCAUGAUCACUUGCUUGAAAAUGGAGCUCUCUAUUACAGGUAUCACUUCGCUGUAUUUAACGGCGUACUAUCAUACGCAAAACUUGGCAAAGCAGGAGUACAAGUUUGCAGUAUAAUUUCAUGCCUUACUCAAGAUUCAAACAACUGCAACAAACGUUUUGACGUUAAUACUAAUAUUGUCCAACCAGUCACAUUUAAUUCAAUCGUAAUUUCAAGUACUUCAGAGGAUUCUAACAAUAUUGUUCAUUUUCCUUUGAGUAUCAAAAGUGAAAUGGAUCCGCUAAAUAUCAAUGAGUUCACAUUUGUUCGUAAAAAAAUCAAUGAGACUCAUGUGAGUUUAAAUUACUCUUUCACAAAACCGUACAAUAAUUUGAUGACUUUUGCCAUCUACGGAAGAAAUUUUAAAGAUGAUGAUUUUUUAUAAGUUUUUUUUUUUUGUUGUCAAAGUGCACACAUCAUAACGUGAAAGCGUUAUUCGGAGUUUAUCGAUUAGCCAGUAAAAUUUUUAAUUUAAAUAUAAAUUCAGUGAAUAAACAUUAAUUGUUAAUGAAAACAAA